AUGAACAGGAAAGCAGUCUGACCAGUGAUGCUGGCUACAUCCUACAAUCACACAAUGGAGUCCCCUGCCACCUUCUUCCUCGUUGGCGUUCCAGGCUUGCAGUCUUCCUAUCUUUGGCUGGCCAUCUCAUUGAGCUCCAUGUACAGCAUAGCACUCCUAGGAAACACCCUUAUCAUCACUGUGAUCUGCAUGGACUCCACUCUCCAAGAGCCCAUGUGCUUCUUUCUCUGUGUUCUGGCUGCUGUGGACAUUGUUAUGGCUUCCUCUGUGGUACCUAAGAUGCUGAGCAUCUUCAGCUCAGGAGGCGGCUCCAUCAGCUUUAAUGCCUGUUUCACUCAGAUGUACUUUGUCCAUGCAGCCACAGCUGUAGAGACAGGGCUGCUACUGGCCAUGGCUUUUGAUCGCUAUGUGGCCAUCUGCAAGCCCCUACAUUAUAUGAGAAUCCUCACUCCUAACGUGAUGCUGGGGAUUAGUGUGACCAUCACCACUAGAGCUGUGAUUUUUAUGACUCCGUUGAGUUGGAUGUUGAGUCAUUUGCCUUUCUGUGGCUCCAGUGUAGUUCCACAUUCCUACUGUGAACACAUGGCUGUGGCCAAGUUAGCGUGUGCUGAUCCCAUGCCUACCAGUCUCUACAGUUUGGUUUUUUCCUCCAUCAUUGUGGGCUCAGAUGUGGCCUUCAUUUCUGCCUCCUAUACUUUGAUCCUCAGGGCAGUGUUUGGUUUGUCAUCAAAGCAAGCACAGCGGAAGGCGCUGAGUACGUGCGGCUCUCAUGUUGCGGUUAUGGCUCUGUACUAUCUCCCUGGGAUGGCGUCCAUCUAUGUAGCCUGGCUAGGGCAGGACAAAGUUCCGCUGCACACCCAAGUGUUGCUGGCUGACUUGUACCUGAUCAUUCCGCCCACCCUGAACCCUGUCAUUUAUGGUAUCAGGACCAAGCAGAUCCGGGAGCGGAUAUGGAGUCUGCUGAUGCAGGGCUUCUCUCACCAGGGUACUCACGGUUCGUGA